ACCACCACCUUGCCCACAUUCUUGCACCGCCUGGCACGCGAAUUGAGCAACCUUCGCCCGUCUGCCCGCACCACUCUCAAAAAACACGACGCCGCCCAGGUUUUAUAUGGACACGCCGAAACAGUAACCUCGACAAGCGGAAAGAGACGUCAACAUGUCGGUGUUGCCUGCAGAAGUGCACACGGCGCUGGCCCAGCUGCUGCAGGGCUUGCAAAGCACCGACAACACAGCCAGAACUGCUGCUGAAGAGCAGCUCAACGCCGAAUGGGUCUCGCAGCGUCCCGACCUGCUGCUGACUGGCUUGGCUGAGCAGAUGCAAGGCGCGAACGACGACGGUACGAGAAGUUUUUCCGCUGUCAUCUUUCGAAGGAUCGCGACUCGAACCACGAAAGACGCCCUUUCGGGCGAUAACAAGGAAAUCUUCCUGCAGCUGGGCGCGAACUCGAAAGUGGACGUCCGAACGAAACUGCUGCAGAGCUAUGCCGCCGAGCCAAACAAAACCGUACGACACAAGAUUGCCGACGCAGUCGCAGAAAUCGCGAGACAAUAUACCGACGAGCAAGUCCCAGGUAUCGAUGGUGGAAGAGACACAUGGCCGGAUCUGCUCGGUGCGCUAUACCAGGCGAGCCAGAGCACUGAUGCAGAUGUACGAGAGAGCGCGUUCAGGAUCUUCGAGGCCACGCCGGGCAUCAUCGAGAAGCAGCACGAGGAUGUGAUCAUCCAAGUGUUCCAGAAGGGUAUCAAAGAUGAGGACAUGAAAGUGAGGAUUGCAACAAUGAAGGCCUUCUCUGCCUUCUUCCAGUCCUUGAGCAAAAAGGCACAACCGAAGUAUUACACCUUGAUCCCCGAUAUCCUGGGUACACUGGUGCCCCUGAAAGAGUCGCGCGACUCGGAUGGUCUGACGGAAGCACUCAUGGCCGUCAUUGAGCUGGCUGAGGUGUGUUCAAAGGCAUUCAAAGGUGUUUUUGGUCCCCUUGUACAUGUCACCAUCGAGAUGAUCGCCGAUAAAGAGCUGGAAGAUCAAGCGAGGCAGAAUGCGCUCGAGCUCAUGGCAACAUUCGCCGAUUACAAUCCGAAAAUGUGCAAGUCGGACAAGAACUACAUCAACGACAUGGUCACGCAAUGUCUCUCCAUGAUGACAGAUGUCGGUCAAGACGAUGAGGAUGCCGAGGAGUGGAAUGCGCAAGAGGACGUGGACUUCGAUGAGAGUGACUCCAACCACGUUGCAGGCGAGCAGACCAUGGAUCGUUUAGCUAACAAGAUCGGCGGUAAGGAUCUACUUCCGCCAACUUUCACUUGGCUGCCACGGAUGUUGCAGUCGAGCAACUGGAGGGACAAGCACGCCGCUUUGAUGUGCAUCUCCGCUAUCAGCGAGGGUUGUGCAGAAAUAAUGGAGAACGAGCUGGACCAGGUCUUGCAACUGCUAUUGCCAACCCUUCGAGAUGACCAUCCGCGUGUCCGUUGGGCUGCUUGCAAUGCCCUUGGGCAGAUGAGCACCGAUUUCAAGGGCACGAUGCAAACCAAGUAUCACAGCGUUGUUCUGCCUGCGCUCAUUGAGACCUUGAAUGCGCCCGAGCCAAGGGUGCAGUCCCACGCUGCUGCCGCGCUGGUAAAUUUUUGUGAAGAGGCCGAAAAGGAAGUUCUCGAGCCAUACUUGGACAGACUGCUUACGAAUCUUAUGCAACUGCUCAGGAGCCCUAAGCGGUUUGUGCAGGAGCAGGCCUUGUCGACUAUUGCAACUGUCGCGGACUCAGCGGAGAGCACUUUCGGCAAAUGGUAUCCAGAGCUUAUGCCGGCGCUUUUCAGUGCGCUUCAAGAGCCCAACGACCGCGAGAAGAGACUGCUUCGUGCGAAAGCCAUGGAGUGCGCUACACUCAUUGCGCUUGCCGUGGGUAAAGAACGCAUGGGCCAGGAUGCUAUCAAUCUGGUCAAUGUUCUCGGCUCCGUACAACAGGGCAUUGUUGAUGACGAUGAUCCGCAAGAGAGCUAUCUCCUCCACUGCUGGGGUCGCAUGUGCAGGGUGCUCGGCCAAGACUUUGUGCCCUACCUGAAAACAGUCAUGCCACCGCUUAUGAAGUUGGCGCAAGCCAAAGCUGAUAUCCAGCUUUUGGACGACGAGGAGAAUGUGCAGCAAAUUGAACAGGAAGAAGGAUGGGAACUUGUGCCUCUCAAGGGCAAGUAUAUCGGCAUCAAGACAAGCACACUGGAUGACAAAUUCAUGGCCAUUGAGCUUAUUACCGUCUACUCCCAGAACCUUGAGGCUGGCUUUGCGCCUUACGUCCUUGAGAUCAUGGAGAAGGUCGCUAUCCCAGGUCUAGCAUUCUUCUUUCACGACCCAGUGCGGGUUGCUUCUGCCAAGGCUGUUCCUCAACUGCUUAACUCAUUCAAGGUGGCAUACGGCAUUAACUCGAAUGAGUAUGCCACUCUCUGGAAGGGUACGAUCGGGAAAGUCCUGGAAGUUCUCGAGACUGAGCCGGCGAUUGAGACACUCGCUGAGAUGUACCAAUGCUUUUAUGAGGCGGUUGAGGUUUCAGGAAAGGACUGUCUUUCCAACGACCAAAUGGGACUGUUCAUCACAUCUGCCGAGACAGUGCUUAAGGAUUACCAAUCUCGUGUCCGGGAACGCGAGGAAGAGGCUAAGGACCGCGAGGAUGGCGAGGAGCCUGGGGAGGAGUUCGAGUUUGCUGUCGAGGAUGACCAGACCCUCCUUUCAGACAUGAACAAGGCUUUCCACACAAUCUUCAAGCAUCAAGGACAGUCUUUCUUACCCCACUGGGAACGGCUGUUGGCCUACUACGACCUGUUUGUCACCAACCCGGAUCCAACACAGCGACAGUGGGCUCUUUGUAUUCUCGACGAUGUGCUCGAGUUUUGCGGACCGGCAUCGUGGCAUUACUACUCACACAUUGCACCACCACUCGUGGAUGGUAUGCGUGAUGACGCUGCUGCAAAUCGACAAGCCGCCUGCUAUGGCGUUGGCGUUGCUGCGCACAAGGGUGGCGAGCAGUGGUCUGAAUUUGCAGCUGGUAGCCUGCCUGUUCUCUUUCAAGUAACUCAACGACCCAACGCCAGGAGUGAUGACGAUGCUUUUGCGACUGAGAAUGCUUGCGCGUCUAUCGCCAAGGUUCUUCAUUUCAACAGCAAGAAGGUACAGAAUGCAGCUGAAGUCGUCGCGCACUGGGUCGAUACGCUGCCAGUGAUUAACGAUGAAGAAGCUGCUCCUUAUGCGUACAGCUUCCUCGCGCAACUGAUCGACGACCAAAACCCAGCAGUCAUGCAUAAAGCAGCACAAUGUUUCACUUUCAUCGCUCAAGCCCUGGAAGCCGAGACGCUCCAAGGUCAAAUGGCCCAACGCAUAGUGGGUGCCGGGCGGAAACUGAUCGCAACAGCUGGCCUCGAUGCCAAUCAAUUACUUGGUGCUCUGCCGCCAGAGACACAGCGGACUGUCAGGGCCUUCUUCGGUUAGUGUGCGGUCAUGAAUGAAUGGACAGACCCAUUACCCGAGCUCAGCUUCAGCUCCCUGGCGUAUUUACAUGAUUGGCGGUGGUCCUUUGCACGAAAAAGUGCUGUAAGAUGGCGGAGCUCGUUACGUCCACGCUGGCAUCACACCGCGGACCUCUGCUGCUUGGCUAAUACGAGCACCGACUCCUUAUUUCCUGCAUCGAGCGUUGCCGCGAAGAGGAAGGGAGAGAGAAAGAGGGGUAGAAGUAGAUAUCAUGCAAGCAUGGUGUUGCAUGAUGUAACAUCCCAUUCCAGCGAUUCAUAGCACAUUCACAUCCAUCUCUGCAGAUAUCGAAGACGACAUCAAUCAACGAGUCUGUUAC